GAAAGAUUGGGUUUUGAUAUUUAAAAAUAAUUAAAAACAUAUUUUCUACUUUAAUUAGACUAAUUAUAAGUGCAUAAACAAGCUGAAAAACAUAAACAAUUGAAUAACAAUCUUCCAAUUAUAUUUAAAAGCAUAUAUUCAAUAUGGGAGGUCUUCUAAGCUAUUUUCGUGGUCUAUUAGGAUCCCGUGAAAUGAGAAUAUUGAUUUUAGGACUCGACGGUGCAGGAAAAACAACCAUAUUAUAUCGACUUCAAGUCGGUGAAGUUGUAACGACAAUACCAACAAUUGGAUUCAAUGUAGAACAAGUGACCUAUAAAAAUCUUAAAUUUCAAGUUUGGGAUUUAGGUGGCCAGACAUCGAUUAGGCCUUAUUGGAGAUGUUAUUACAGUAAUACAGAUGCAAUUAUUUAUGUCGUUGACUCUGCAGACAAGGAUAGAAUAGGAAUAUCAAAAGAUGAGCUUUUAUAUAUGCUUAGAGAGGAAGAACUUGCUGGAUCCGUAUUAUUAGUACUUGCAAAUAAACAAGAUAUCGAAGGAUGUCUAUCGGUAGCAGAAGUACAUCAAGCACUUGGACUAGAUGCACUUAAAAAUCGAACAUUUCAAAUUUUUAAAACAUCAGCAACGAAAGGAGAAGGACUUGAUGACGCUAUGAAUUGGCUUAGUAACGUGCUGCAGAGCAAAAAAUGAAUUGAAUAGCUUUAAUUUAUACAAUUAUUAUUUGCUACUCGCAAUUUUUUUCUAUGUAAAUUUAAUUUUUAACUCUAUCGUUCAUUCAAGUCUAAAACAAGGC